UACUAAUUCAUUACAUUGCAAAGGGGAGUGACGCAGUUAUUACAGAUCUAUAGAUACUCCAUGCUUUUUUAUAUGACCCGAAAUAAUAUUUUUUUUCUAGCCGUGGACGUGAAAUUCCGCGUAAUCAUAGAUUAAAAAAACAGGGAUUACUGCCAUUAAUCGUAGGCCUAUGUCGAAUCUCUGUGCUCCUUGAAUUUUGGAUGCCAUUCCGGUUGGAGGUUGCGGUAGACCCCGAGGACUAGAUGCGAUAACCAGUACGAGAUAUGCCGCAGCCGAAAUCACGAAAAAUCGCCAUCCUCGGGUACAGAUCCGUAGGAAAGUCCUCUUUGACAAUUCAGUUUGUGGAAGGCCAGUUUGUUGACUCCUAUGACCCAACGAUAGAAAACACAUUCACUAAAAUGAUCACAAUAAACGGACAGGAGUACCAUCUUCAGCUGGUAGACACAGCAGGGCAGGAUGAGUAUUCUAUCUUCCCACAGACUUACUCCAUAGAUAUCAAUGGGUAUAUUCUGGUCUACUCAGUCACAUCUAAUAAAAGUUUCGAAGUCGUACAAGUUAUCCAUGAAAAAUUGUUGGAUAUGGUGGGGAAAGUUCAAGUACCAAUUAUGCUGGUCGGAAACAAGAACGACCUACAUAUGGAGCGAGUAAUCAGUUGUGAAGAGGGAAAAGCAUUAGCCGAAUCCUGGAACGCUGCCUUCAUGGAGUCCUCAGCUAAAGAAAACCAGACGGCCGUGGAGGUUUUCCGGAGGAUGAUCCUGGAGGCAGAGAAGAUCGACGGCGGCGUGCAGCCGGGAAAGACGUCCUGCUCCAUGAUGUAGAGCCGCCCAAUCAACACACAGGACACUGCACUGGGAUAUCCCGUUACUUGAAGGCUAGCUGCCAGUUCUCCUCCACCUCAGCUGACUCCACCCCCCAGGGUCCUAAAUAUCCAAUACUGUCUAUUUAUGGCUCUGAUUCCACUGUUAUUUAUCAGUAUUUCCUAUUCCCUUUUUGUCAUCCUUGUUUUUCUCUGUUUGUUUGAUAAAAAAAAGGAUGAGUGGUGAUGCCCUGUCUUAUAUUAUCCACAAUCCACCCCUCCGCCAUCUCUGUGCUCAGCACUGAUGCAAAACACAGAAUUCCAUUUGGGUGUAUCAGAAAAAAUGUUUUAUCGUGCUAGGUAAUGAUGACUUCGGUAUCUAAGGCCAGAGAUAUUAGUGGCUGUAUGCAUCUCAGCUUCUCAUUAUGCAGUUCCCACAUAGGCUACUACGCCCUCUCUGUCGAAUGCAGCAAGAGAUAAAAGAAAUGUCAUUAUGUACCAUGCAUAUGCUCAGAAAAUGGCUGCGUAAACACGAACGUUUCUUCUGAUACAUCACUGGCUGUCCGGUCCCUCAACUAUACAGCUCUUUUUCUACUUCAUUUCCACACAGUACCCACUUCUCUGUCCCCUCAGUUUGUUUUCAUAGCAGUUAUUGUCAGCCAAAAAAAAAAAAAAAAAAAAAAAACCUGCAUCCAUUUUCUAAUGUUUAAAAUGUUGUACAAAUGUUUUUGAUUGUAAUCAUUAAAGCAAAAAGUGGUUAUGUAA